AUGUUCUCAGAAACGUCAAGGCAUUCAGUUAUAUUGGAGGUUUGUGUCGAUUGUGUUGAUUCGGCAUUAAACGCCGUCACCGGUGGCGCUCGAAGACUUGAGUUAUGCAGCGCUUUAGGCGAGGGUGGGCUGACCCCUACAACGGGUUUACUUAAGGCUGUAAAGCUUAUCCUGAAAGAUCAACCAGUGCCCAUAAUGUGUUUGAUCCGAUGUAGGGCUGGAGGCUUCGUCUAUUCAUCGGAGGAGGUGGCUCUCAUGAAGGAUGAUAUUAAUGCCCUUAAGGAAGCUGGAGCGGAUGGAUUUGUUAUAGGCGCCUUGAAGAAGGAUGGUGCGAUAGAUGUUGAUGCUUGUCUUCAAUUACGUGCGGUGUGCGGAGAACUUCCUGUCACUUUCCACAGAGCAUUCGACUAUUGCAAGGAACCUCUUUUAGAGUCUCUGGCAAAAGUCAAGCAAGUUGGCUGUGACAGACUGCUCACAUCUGGUCGUGAAAAAGACGUCGUUGCUGGUAUAUCCACAUUAGCUGACCUCUGUAGCGCAGCCUGCGCUCAUGGACUAAUUAUUAUGCCCGGAGGCGGUGUCCGAGUGGAAAAUAUUCCGCUUUUGCGCGAGAGAAUUCAAGAUCGUGCUGAAAGUAUUGCCAAACAAAGCCGCCACGAUUACGAGCGCGUCAAUAUGGAGCUGUCGACGUUGCGCGAAAGUAUCCAAAGUCGGCAUGAGGCGUACACCAACGAAAAACUCGAGUUUCAAAACUACAUACAUGAAGUCGAAGGUAAGGUGAAACGACUACAAGAAAGCGAGGUUGAAAAACAGAGGUUGCGGCAAACUUUAAAGGAGUGCGAGGCACAGAUUGAUGACUAUAAACGUAGCGAGCGAGCUCACAAGGAAGAGAAGGAGCGUCUAAAGACACGCAACGAUGAAUUACAGAUGAAAUUGGGAGAGAUGGAACGCACCGAACGAAGUUUACGCACAUUGCAGGCAGGUAACACACAGGAAAGUAGCGAACUUAGGGCCAAAUUGCAGCAUUCAGGACAUGCACACAAGGCCGAAGUGGCAGCGCUUCGCAGCGAGUACGAAGGCAAACUCGACAUUAUCGCAGGCGAACUUGACUCUAUGCAAGGCCAAAUCAUCUCCCUGGCGAAAGAGCGGGAUAACCUAAGAGAACAGCUUGAAGAAGCCAAGAAGGAACUAAAUCGGCUAAAAGGCAACGCUGUGCGCGAUGAACGCAUAAAGAGCCGAGAGGCCGCAGAACAUGCGUUCAAGAAGAUGGAGGAACUUCGUUUUCAAGCUCAGGAAAUCAAAAACCAACUAGAUUAUGCACUUUCAGAGAACAGGAAAAUGAGAAUUCAAAUAGAUGCAGACAAAUCAUCCUUCGAAAUUCAAGUGGCAACUUUAAAGUCUAAACUUAACCAGUAUGAGGAGGCCAAGCUGUUGGAAACAUCUCGCGGCAGUAACAAACUGUAUGCGAAAACACGGCUCGAGUUGGCCUGGGAGAAGGAACGACAAGAUCAGCAAAAGGUCCUUCAUGAUGCCCAGAGGAUCUUGCGCGACCUCAAAGAACGUCUUCUGCGCGCUGAACAUGAGCGUGAGCAGCACCGUGAGCUUCUCAAUAAACAAAUGCAGAAGCAGAUGAGCGAGCUUAGCGAAGACCAGAUUACGAAAGAGCUUCUUGACUUACAAGCUGAAUUGGACGAAGCCAAAGAGAACAUGCGUCGUCUGCGACACCACUAUGAGCGUUCGAGGAAAGAACGCGAGCGGCUCACGAAUGAGCGCGACGAAUAUAGAGCGAAGACCCUAUGCAUGAAUGAGGUACACUCAGAGACAAGUCACAUGGCUCAAGACUUCGCUCGGCUAGUCGAAAUGAUUCAAGCCGACGGGGAUUCAGCGAAAUCGCGGCCAUUGCGACCAAAUAAUCGCGAGCAAAUUCGGGCUGAGCUACAAAAGCUUGUUGGUCGAAUGGAAUCCAUUACGAAACUGACCUCGCCAGCGGCACAGAUUGCUCGGAACCAAUCAUUCAAACGUGCUGUGAGCGCGUCAGACGUCAGUCAGGCAUUACCAUUCAUCAGGGCACCUCCACGCACCAAAUCGAAGAAAGCAAUGUCACUUGGACAGGGCUUUGGUUCUGAUCAGAAGCUUUGGGCGGGUUCGGGCGACAGCCUCGCAUCAGGUAUUUCUCCAGCUGGGUCGCAAACUUCUUUACAGCGACAUGCCACUGGCUACGAUAGCGAUGCCUCUAUUGUGUCAGCACCGGCUCACCAUUAUGGCAAACCUGGGGUGAGCUUUGAUUCAGACAACGAUUUGAAUCAGGUGUCGGAUUCCGAAAGUUUACCUGGCCACAAAAUCGUACGUAAGAAAACUCUCAAAGAGCGUAUUAUGGGAAUGAAGUCGUCGAUGUCAAGGUUGGACGUUACACCUGAUCGAGAAUGUAGAGCCGGCUCGCUGUCUCGCACAUCAUCAAGCGAGGCACCUAAAAGUGUCCUUAAGUACGCUACCCCAAAACGGACCGGUUCAAAUAGCUCCUUUACUGAGACUCAGGUUUAAUUAAAACGAUUGCUAAAAUUAUGGAUUUUGUUUAAAAGCUCUAUCGUUCCAUAAAUGGCUUCUGCAACUGUAUAUAAUUACUACUACUUUAUUGUAAAUAAUCUGUGUAGAAAAUAAACUCUAGUUAA